AUGACCGAGGCACACGGUUCGCUCGUGCCACGUCAGAUUGUCUCCAUUAGCAUCUGCGCCGCGGCGGCUGGAUUGCUCGCGGCCGCGGCUCUCGCCUACUAUUACCGCCAGCGGAGGCAGCGCCGCGAGCAGCGGAAGGCCGACGAUGGCGAGACGGUAGCCCCGUUGAUCGCGGGAAGUGCAGUCGGAGACGCGGAUGCGACGGAUGCGAGGGAAGGCGGAUGUGCAGGCGCUGAGCGCGGCGAUGAAACUGCGAUCGUCGCAGCAAGUGUUGGCGCAGCGUCGCCCGCAAAGAGCGGCGGAGGGGAGGGCGAGCGCGGCGUGCUGGUAGUGUACUGCAGCCAGACGGGCACGGCGCGCCGACUGGCGGGCGCGCUGGUGGACGAGCUCUCGCGCGACGGCGUCCCGUGCCAGCUGCAAGACCCCGUGCUGUACGAGCCAGAGGACCUUCCCAAGGAGCGCGUGCUGCUGCUCGUCGCGUCCACGUGGCAGCACGGCUCGCCGCCCGACCACGCCGCCUUCUUUCUGCGCUGGCUGCACGAGAGCGCCUCCGACUUUCGCGUCGGCGCCGCGCUCCUCGCGCCGCUGCGCUUCGCCGUCUUCGGGCUCGGCAGCUCCGCGUACGACGAGGCGGAGGAGGCGGGGGAAGCGGGAAGAGGGGAGGCCGGGGAAGGGCAAGGGGGAAAGGGGGAACGCGCGGGGUGCUGUGCGUCUAGCGCGGAUGCCGGAGGUGCUGGCGACGGGGGGAGCGGCAGCGGGCGGUGCGGGGAAGGGGGCGCUGUGUGCUGUAAGGAGGAGGGGAGUGCGGGGGAUGAUUUUAAGGGAUCCGCAGGCGGAGCGGGUACGGGGGAGGUUUGCAAGUGCAGCGCCGGCGGCGGCAGCAGCGGCGGGCGGUAUUACAACGCGGUGGCGCGCGCAGCGGACGCGGAUCUGGCGGCGCUGGGGGCGCGGAGGCUUGCGCGCAUGGGGGAGUACGACGAGGCGGAGGGGGAUGACGUGGACAGCGCGUUCCGCGACUGGGUCCGCGCUGUCAAAUCCGCAUUGGCUGCCGCAAAGGGCGGAUCCGGGAAUGGCGCGACUUUGAAAGCGUCGGGAGGGCAGGAGGAGGUAGAGGAGGAGGAGGAAGAAGAGGAGGAAUACGAGGAAUAUGAAGGGGAGAGCGAGGAGGAGGAGGGGGAGGGGGGAGCGGAGGGGUUGGUCGAUCUGGAGGACGUGGCGGGGCCGCACGCCCCCGCGCGCGCGCAUGCGGACGCGCUCGACGCGUGGGACUUCGUGGGCGAGGGCGCGGGCGGGAACGGCGCGGGUGGCGCUGCGGGGGAGGGAGAAGGCAGUGGCGCGGGGGGCGGGGAGCCGGGGGAGCAGGGGGGGCGGGGGGGCCGCGGGGACGGGGUGGUGCGGCAGGGGGGCGUGUACACGGGCCCUGCGGGGGUGAAGAAGAAGUGGUUCGUGCGCAGUGGGAAGAAGGGCAAGGCGGGCGGCAAGGGGGAGACCGGGGGAAAGGGGGCGCGGGGAAAGAGCGGGGGAACAGGCGCGAUAGGGGUUGGGAACGGUGCAGUGGCUGCGGCGGAGGGUCCAAGGGAGAUGGUCACGCCGGUGCUGCGCGCUAACCUGGAGAAACAGGGGUACCGAGUGUUGGGGUCGCACAGCGGGGUGAAGGUGUGCCGGUGGACCAAGGCACAGCUGCGCGGGCGAGGCGGCUGCUACAAGCACUCCUUCUACGGCAUCCAGAGCCACCUGUGCAUGGAGGCAACGCCAAGUCUGGCGUGUGCCAACAAGUGCGUCUUCUGCUGGCGCCACCACACCAACCCCGUUGGGAAAUCAUGGCGCUGGCAGGUGGACGAGCCAGAGGACAUAGUGGAGGGGGCAUUGGCAGGCCACGUGCAGAUGAUCAAGCAAAUGAAGGGCGUGCCUGGGGUGAAGCCAGAGAGGCUGGCAGAGGCAAUGACGCCGCGGCACUGUGCGCUGUCUCUGGUGGGCGAGCCCAUCAUGUACCCGCACAUCAACCGUUUGCUUGCUCUGCUGCACGGCCGCCGCAUCUCCUCCUUCCUCGUCACCAACGCUCAGUUCCCUGACAAGAUCACCAACCUGCACCCCGUCACACAGCUGUACGUGAGUGUGGAUGCGGGCACCAAGGAGUCGCUCAAGGCCAUUGACCGCCCCCUCUUUGGGGACUUCUGGGAGCGAUUCACCGCGUCCCUGACAGCGCUGCGCAGCAAGCAGCAGCGCACGGUGUACCGGCUGACGCUGGUGACGGGGUGGAACACGGACGAGCUCAAGGCAUACGCUGACCUGCUCAAGCUGGGUCAGCCCGACUUCAUUGAGAUCAAGGGCGUCACCUACUGUGGCAGCACGGGGGCGUCAUCCUUGACCAUGCAGAACGUGCCGUAUCACGAGGACGUGAGGCGCUUCGCAGCAGAGCUGGGGGCGGCAGCAGGGGAGGCGGGGGCGGGGGAGUAUGAGCUGGCGUGUGAGCACGAGCACUCGUGCUGCGUGCUGCUGGCACUCUCUGCCAAGUUCAAGGCGCCCGAUGGCACGUGGCACACGUGGAUCGACUAUGACAAGUUCCAUCAGCUGGUGGCAAGUGGGCAGCCAUUCAGCAGCACGGACUACAUGGCUCCCACGCCCCUCUGGGCCGUGUUUGGUGCCAAGGAGGCGGGCUUUGACCCGCAGGAGACACGUGUGCGCAGGGAGAAGAAGGCAGGCGCAGUGUGA